CCUGCUUCGCGAUGCGGUUUGUUAUUGAAGCGCAGCGCCUUUAAAUGUUAGGGGAAAUGUUGACGCUCAGGAGUUGAUGGAAGUUGGUGAGUGUUUGAUAAACGCCUACAAAUUGUUCAGCGAAGUUAACUGCGUGGCUUGUUAGUUGAGAGUAUGGCUGAAAGGAAAAUUAAGGGUUUAAUUCGUCUGAAAGCAGCUACAUAAAAAGAUACAUAAAAAUGUCAGGGGCCCAUGAGCAGAGCAGGAAGCGGCGGCCCCCCAAAAUGUUCUUGAUCUCGACCGACCUUAAGGUGCAGGACCAGCUGGAAGGUACCAUUCGGCUGCAGCGGGGGAACAUCUGCCAGGAACAGGAUUUGAAACAGGGCAGAGGCGACCACGCAUGGGUCAAGGUGUUAGACAAUGGCAUCAUGGUAAAAAUAGAGAGGAAGUUCCUGCUUGAAGUCCCAACUGACCUUGUCGGCCUGUUGGAGCCUGUGACUGAUCCGGAGGCUCGUUUCAAAUUACUAAGCAAUCCCGGGAAGCUGCAGACGUUGGCUGCUUCUCCCAUCGGGACCCCGUUGUGGGUCCAAAUAGGCCAAACGGACGAGCUGGCAGAGGCGGAGCUCAAAUUCAUCGGACCACUGACCAGAGGGAGCAGCGCUGUGUAUUUUGGGGUUCAACUCAAGGGCUCAGCUGCCGGUAAAGGAAAGAGCAACGGUUCCUUUAAGGGCAACAGGCUCUUCAUCUGCCCCGAUGCCUGCGCCCUCUUCGUCCCCAUCAGCCACAUCAGGCACCGCCACUGGCUUCGCAACAACGGUUCAGACGCACACGAACGAGCCCGCGAGCGAGACCACCCCCACCACCACCCCCACCCCCCUCACCGCAGCAUCAGCGGCGGCGGCAAUAAUCAGCCCAGCAACGGUCACCAUGGCGGCAACGACCGCCCGAACCAUCACCAGCAGCACGGUCGACACAUCAGUUUCCUCCAGCAUCAUCCCGUCAGCCCUCCUCAGCCGCAGCCGCACGCUUUCGGCGUCCUCCCCCGGACCGCGGAGUCAGCUCCCAUCACGGCUCAAAACCAGGUCCAGUUCCGAGGACCCCCGUCGCCUCUGCCGUUCCACAUCGGCCAGUGGGUGUGUUUCCCCCUGGAGGACACCGUCGAGAGGGGCGAGGUGCGCUUCUGUGGCCUCCUGCCAGGUCGGAGCUCGUCAGGGAUCUACGUCGGAGUCCUGCUGGACGCUCCUGUUGGUAACUGGGACGGACAUUAUAAAGGAGAGAAGCUCUGCCACAUUCCUACCCCCGUCUAUGGUCUACUGCUGCCAGUAACCAAGGUUUCAUCAGAGCCGAAAUCCCUUCGCCACAACCCUCCUUCUCUAAUUCCCAAAUCCAUCCUGAAGCCCUUGCCGCCCCCCGUCACUAAACAAGGCCCGACGUCACCGCCCGCCGUCAAGGUCGCCCUGAUGCCUCCCACCAAACAAGCAGCCAAACCUCCUCCGCUGCCGCCGCCAAAGCCCGUCCACAAACCGUCGCCCCUUCCCCCUCUCCCGCCUCCCAAACCCCAAAGCCCGACGUCACCGACCUCCGCGGACCAGCUGCAGCACACCAACGGCGUACACGGCCCGCCCUCGCCGCUGAGGACGCCGGACUACGUCGACGCCGCAGGGGAGAACGGGGAGGCGGGACCGGAGGGCGAGCUGGAGGUGGGGUCGAUGGUUGAAGUGAACGAGCCGCCGCUUUUCGGGGUGAUCCGCUGGGUUGGACGCAUCAGUGGGAUUUCAGAGCCGGUGGCGGGGAUUGAGCUGGACCAAGAGCUGUCUGCUGGAACAGACGGUAGUUACCUCGGCGAGCGCCACUUCCGUUGCCCGGCCAACAAAGGGCUCUUCGUUAAGCUUCGCAACUGUAGGCGAGAUUCCAGGUUCCCCGCCCCCGAGACGCCCGUCAAUCAAGUGGAGCGGUGCAACUCAAUAGCCUUUGCAGAAUGGGGCAGCGAGCGCGUGGAGGAGCACACUCCUCCCGUGGAUGGAGAUGAGGCCAGAGAGCUCUACCAGGGCCGCAAGAGAGGCAUCCAGGGUCACCUCAACUCCUGCUACCUAGAUGCUACCUUGUUCAGUCUGUUCUCGUGCUGUAGUUCAGCAGACUGGGCGUUAUUCUGGCCGUCCGACCCCGACACCGACCAAAGCUCCAUCCAGGCUCAGGACCUGCUGCGCUGUGAGAUAGUCAACCCACUGCGCAGGUUCGGCUACGUGUGCGCCAGUAAGACGAUGGCCUUGAGACGACUGCUGGAGGCUGCGAAUAGUGACACGGGUUUCACCAAUCAGGAGAAAGAUCCUGAAGAAUUCCUCAACAAGCUUUUCCAGCUCCUCCGAGUCGAGCCGCUCCUCAAGAUCAGAUCGAUGACUCAUCAGCCUCAGGAGUGUCACCUCUACCAGCUCUUCCCGCCUUCCCUUCCUCCCUCCCCUUCCUCACUUUCACCCCUCUCCCCUAUCGACUCCCCCGUCCCUCUGUCCCCGCCGCCCUCCAGUCGGAUGAGGGUCGCCAGCGUCCAGUCCCUGCUGGAGUCCUCCUUCCUCCACGCCGGCCUCAAGUUCGUCGAGGCUCCCUCCUCCCUCUUGCUGCUCAUGCCCAGGUUCGGGAAGGACUUUAAAAUGUUUGACGCCAUCUUGCCCACCCUCAGCCUGGACAUCACAGACCUGCUCGACGACACUCUGAGACAGUGCAGCAUCUGUCAGGCCGUAGCUGAGUGGGAGUGUCUCCAGUGUUACGAAGACCUGGACAUCACUCCCGGUCAUCUCAAACAGUACUGCCAGACCUGCAACACACAGGUCCACAGUCACAGGAAGCGAGUCUCCCACAACCCGGUGAAGGUUAGCGUUCCAGGGGGACCGUGGACCACCCCUCUGUACUGCACCCGCCAGCAGAUGUCUCUCUUCGCCGUGACGUGCAUCGAGACGAGCCAUUACGUGAGCUUCGUCAAGCACGGGCCCCUCCCGACCGACUGGCUGUUUUUUGACAGCAUGGCGGACCGAGAAGGUGGCGAGAACGGCUUCAACAUCCCCCAGGUGAAGGCGUGUCCCGAGGUGGGCCGUUACCUCAGCCUGUCGGAGGAGGAGCUCGGCAGGGUCGACCCCGCCUCUCUGCGGGAGUCGGCCCGCCGUCUGCUCUGCGACUCCUACAUGUGUCUGUACCACAGCCCUGAGCUCAGCCUGUACAAGUGACGCACAUCCCACAACAACACGUCGUCCUCGGGUUCUCCGGCUCCUUAAAACACUGCAAAAUAUCGACUUUUGUUUAGGAAGAACGAGGCUUGACCAGCAUUUAUUUCUCACCUUAUGCAGUAGAUGGUGAAAUGGUUCAUAAAAGCAGAGACACACAGAAUGUAUUCAGCCUCUUUGGCUCUGUUCACACUUAAAAAAAAGCAUUUUGGUUCAUCUUAAAUCAGCUCCAAAUUUAGUCUGUUACCAGAUUGCAUUGAGGAAACUGUGAUUUUGUACUUUAAGCCACAUUCAGUGUUGAUCUACGUGUGAACCGCAGUGUGAAUGCAAACUAGAGCCCAGCUGACGCACGUCAUCGGCAGAUUUGAGCUCAUCAGUAUCGACAUGAACAGUAUGUUGGCCGUUAUGUAACAAGAAACAGCAGCACAGAUGUGUUUUGUUCAUAUUGAAACAGUUUCUCCAUUACAAAGCUUCUCCACCAGAGAGCAGUUUAUUUUUCAACUGUAAUUCAUAUUUAUGAAAUAUUAUUAAAUCAUGUUUAUGUAAACUGUUAAACAAAAAUGAAUGUCGGCCGAUAUGUUGUUAUCGGAUCUUUUUUUAGGUCUAAAAUACCAAAUAUCGAUCGAGGUCUAACGCAGAUUCAAUGUACAUUUUGACAGACACCUGAGAACAUUUUAUUAACCGUGUGUUAAAUGUUUUGUUUUUCUGUGUAGCAGCUGUCGCAUUUUCCUCACAGAUACAAACGAGUCUGAGCGAUAUGAUGAAUCUGAUCGUUCUCGAGAUGCAUUCGAGAGUUAUUUUAAACCCACGUGUACUACAGUCUGAAGUGGAUUCAGGAUCCAAAGGGGCCUUAGAGGAGCCUGUUAGAUCAAAUAAAAACAUGACAAUCAUGAAAAUUCACAUGACAACAGUACUAAUGACAAUGUGCUUAAUGAACAAAUGUUGCCUGUCUGUAGUUUAUUAAGUUUAAGAGCUUUUUACACUCAUGAAUUUGUUGGUAAAUGAUCGGCUGCAGUACUAAACAUUCCUGAAUGACUGCUUAACUUGUGCCUUAAUUAUUGUUCACACACUGUACAGAACACGAUAAUACAUGUUCACUUUACAAUUCAAUUUGCACUGCUACAUUUACAUGUCAGGUAUGUGUGUGUUUAUAUAAAAGCGUUGCACUAAACUGAAUGUAAAGAUUGCACUAUAUCUACCAAAGAUGUUUGACCUUUUGUAUCGCUUACAGGUUGUUUAAUAAAACACAGCCGUCAAAAAACAAACUGUGGACCAUGUCCUAAUAAAUGCUUUGAUAAUCUU